GUACAGCAUCCAGGACGAAGAUACCUAUAACUUUAACAAGACUGGCUUUACUAUAGGCAUUGGAAAUUGCGUUAAAGUAGUCACUGCAUUAGAGAGACGCAUGGAUCCUAUUGGGGUCCAGCAGGGAGACUAUGAGUGGGUGACAUUGAUUGCUGCAAUCAACGCGAUGGGCUGGGCAAUUGCGCCCUACCUUAUCUUCAAAGCAAAGAACUACAACGCGUCUUACUGGACUACGAACGACAUUGGUGUAGCCUGGCUAAGGCACUUUGUUGAGCAGAUUCAGGGCUGGAGGGUGGGUAGCCACGUGCUGCUGAUAAUUGACGGCCAUGAGAGCCACAAGUUGCUUGCCUUCCAGAAUCUCUGCGAGGAGAAUAAGAUAAUUACCCUGUGUAUGCCUCCGCACUCAUCUCACAUCCUACAGCCACUUGAUGUGGGUUGUUUUGCCCCCUUAAAGCGGGCGUACAGCAAAGAGAUCAGAGUCUUGGCACUAGACUAUAUUAGCUAGAUUGACAAGAAAGCCUUUCUUGCAACCUUUGUAAAGGUGUUUGACAAGGCGUUUUUAAAGGCAAAUAUCCUGUCAAGCUUUAGAGUAACUGGCUUAGUGCCUAGUAACCUAUUAGUAGUACUAUUAAAGCUUAAUGUUAAGGUUCGCACGCCAACGCCGCCUCUC